AUGGCGGUGAAACUGGAACCGCCUUACUUUUCGGGCGAAUAUAUGCAUCCAGACGCCCCGCUGGAAGAGGACCAUGACGAAGAGGAGCGAAUAACGGAGGAAGACAGUUGGGUGGUGAUUGGGUCCUUCUUUGGGAGCCACGGAUUGGUAAACCAGCAGAUCGAAAGUUACAACGAUUUUAUAGAAUACAGGAUGCAGGAGAUAAUAGAUGAGCACCCUCCAAUAGAAAUAAGACCACAGCCACAGUACCGCUCAGAUCGGGAUGACAGCAAAAAUGUCAUGUAUGCCUUAAAGUUUGGCCAGCUCUCCCUAGAUAGACCAUUCUACGAUGAGAGAAAUUUAACGAAUAAGAAUCUGUGGCCACAGGAAGCAAGGCUCAGGAAUCUGACCUACUCCUCUGCUAUAUACAUAGAUAUUGAGCAGAGUACCUACGUGGUCGAUGAAAAUUCAAGGAGCCAAACUUUGAAGGAGAAAUUUGUAUACGAACGGAUAAACUUGGGAAGAAUACCACUCAUGUUAAAGUCGAUGUUUUGUUGGACGAAAGGUUUACCAGAGAGCGAAAUUGCUGAUAUGGGUGAGUGUGCAUUUGAUCAGGGAGGGUACUUUAUUGUGAACGGAGGGGAGAAGGUACUGGUAGCACAAGAACGAAUGGCGCAUAAUUUUAUUUAUGUGUUUAAGAAGAAGCAGCCUUCUAAAUUCGGGUGGGUAGCUGAGAUAAGGUCUCAGAUGGAGAGGUCUCAAGCUACAUCUGCUUUUUCUGUGAAGAUGAAAACGAAAACGGGUUCUAGAGGUUCAUCAGUGAGGACAGGAGGACAACUAGUAGCUACCUUACCUUACAUAAGAACGGAAAUUUCCGUUGGAAUUUUGUUUAGAGCGCUAGGUUGUACCUCCGAUAGGGAUAUCCUCCAAAGGAUUGUCUACGAUUUUAACGACAAAAUGAUGAUUAACACGUUGAGGGAGACACUAGAAGAGUGCAUAGACUAUCCUACGCAGGACAUCUGUCUCGACUUCAUCGGUAAAAGAGGACCCACUGUUGGGGCGUCGAGAGAGAAAAGAAUUUUAUACGCGAAGGAACUUCUACGGAAGGAGGUUCUACCUCACAUGGGGACCGGACCAGGGGUUGAAAGCAAGAAGUCAUACUUCAUAGGGUACAUGAUUAAUAGGCUGUUGCUAGCCGAGUUGGGAAGAAUUAAGGAAGACGAUCGGGACCACUUUGGGAAGAAGCGUCUAGACAUUGCAGGGCCGCUGAUGGCUAGCAGUUUCUCCACUUAUUUUAGAAAAAUGGCCAAAGAUGUGAAACGGGUUCUACAAAGGCAGAUCGAUAACAACAAACCAUUCGAUGUUGCGGGGGCGGUUAGAAGUUGUUCACAAAUUACGCAGGGAAUGCAGUACCAGCUAGCUACAGGAAAUUGGGGUAAAGACAAAGAUGGGAAGGUGAUAAGAACAGGAGUUGCCCAGGUUCUUAACCGAUUAACGUAUUCAUCAUGCUUGUCCCAUUUGAGACGGUUGAAUACGCCACUAGGGAGGGAAGGAAAAAUGGCGAAACCGAGGCAGUUGCAUAACACCCACUGGGGAAUGAUCUGUCCAUUCGAAACGCCAGAAGGGCAGUCCGUAGGUCUGGUCAAGAAUCUCUCCCUAAUGUGUGACAUAAGUGUGGGUACAUCUACCAAUAAUAUUUUCGAGUUCCUGCUCGAGUGGGGUCUAGAAUCGCUAGAUGAAGUGCCACCCCAGUUGAUGAAGGAAAAGGUGAAACUCUUCCUAAAUGGAAGGUGGGUUGGGUGUUUCAACCAAAUAGAUAACCUAAUAGAGACGUUAUAUGAGUUAAGGAGGAGGUGUGACAUAUCACCGGAGGCCUCCAUCGUGAGGGAUGUGAACAGUAAGGAGAUUAAAAUCUUUACCGAUUCGGGUAGGGCAAUGAGACCUCUCUACGUGGUGAAAAAUGUCAAAGGGGAAAAUAAACUCAAGUUGACUAAGGAGCAUGUGAAAAAUAUGAUGGCCUACCCGGAGACCUACAAUUGGGACUACCUCAUCCAGGAGGGGAUCAUCGAAUACAUUGACUGUGAAGAGGAGGAGACCACCAUGAUUAGCAUGUUUAUCGAUGAUUUGAAAACGGGUACAGGUUACCAUAACAAUUAUACCCACUGUGAGAUCCACCCGUCGUUAAUCUUAGGCGUUUGUGCAUCCAUCAUCCCAUUUAGCGACCACAACCAGAGUCCCCGUAAUACCUACCAAAGCGCCAUGGGUAAGCAAGCCAUGGGAAUUUACGUCACAAACUUUAACAUCCGAUUGGAUACGUUAGCCCAUUUGUUGUACUAUCCACAGAGGCCACUUGUAUGCACCAAGGUGAUGGAGUACCUACGGUUUAGAGACCUUCCUGCGGGUAUUAACGCGAUUGUUGCGAUUAUGUGCUACACAGGGUAUAACCAGGAGGACAGUCUGAUCAUGAACCAGUCAUCCAUAGAUAGAGGUCUCUUUAGAAGUGUGUUCUACCGAACCUACACCAGUGAAGAGAAACAACAGGGUAGUCUCAUCAUAGAGUCAUUUGAAAAACCUUCCAUUAGAUUUGUUAAAAAUUUAAAAAGAGGCGAUUACACUAAGCUGGAUAACGAUGGGUUAAUCGCUCCAGGGAUACGGGUUCUAGGAGACGACAUAAUUAUUGGAAAGGUGUCUCCCAAUAUUGAGGACGAAGACGAUAUAGUAAUUCAGAAGAAGGUACCCAAUGUGCAAAUGGGUUACACCUCUGGUGCAUCUACCCCUGGUGCAUCUACACCUGGUGGGUUUCUCACAGGGAAGGAUUCCUCAACCGGGGGAAGUGUACUCAGUGGAAGUGCGGGCAGCGUUUGUGGGAGUGUUUCCAGUCCGUAUUCUCCAUCCAGUAUUGGAGGUUCUAAUAUGAUGGAUUCUAUGCCCGAUUCGCCAAUCAGUGAUCGGUAUAGUAGCACAAGCGGCCCUGUAGGCACAGUAACGAUGGGCCCCCCAAGUGUUGCCUCCUCCACCCCGACCAGCACCACCAUUUUUAGAAGUGGAAACACACUCUCCACGGGGAGUAGCCCCCAGUAUGGAACCACCAUCGUUUCUGGUUCUACGAAAGACGAUUUGGAAGUUCCCACACUGACUAUUAGUACCUCUAACAUCUUGAAGCAGUACAAGAAGGACUGCUCUUUGAGCUUACGAGAAAAUGAAAACGGGGUCAUAGACACUGUUAUGUUAUCUUCCAACAGCCGAGGCAAUAAGUUUGCUAAGGUAAAAGUCCGCUCAGUACGUAUCCCCCAAAUUGGGGAUAAGUUUGCUAGUAGACAUGGACAGAAGGGUACCAUUGGAAUUACAUACCGAACGGAAGACAUGCCCUUCAGUUCAGAUGGUACCUUUCCAGAUAUAAUUAUGAACCCCCAUGCAGUUCCAUCCCGUAUGACGAUCGGUCACCUGGUCGAGUGUCUAGCUGGGAAGGUUGCUGCGAUAGAAGGAGGAGAAGGAGAUGCAACUCCAUUUUCUAAAAUAACUGUGCAGGAAAUAUCACAGAGGUUACAUAACCUUGGGUAUGAAAAGUAUGGUAACGACAUCCUCUACAAUGGGCAUAACGGGAAGAUGCUAAAAUCGAAGAUCUUCAUUGGGCCAACUUACUACCAAAGGUUGAAACACAUGGUGGAGGAUAAAAUUCAUGCUAGGAGUAGAGGUCCUCUCACCAUGAUUACGAGACAACCCACGGAGGGACGAUCCAGGGAUGGUGGAUUACGUUUCGGAGAGAUGGAAAGAGAUUGUAUGAUUUCGCACGGAUCUGCGAAAAUGCUUAAGGAGAGACUCUUCGAAGAAAGUGACGCCUACCGUGUGCACGUGUGUGAUAACUGCGGGCUCUGCUGCAUCGCAGACAUCAACAAGAACGCCUACGAAUGCACCGUCUGCAAUAGUAAGACGAACAUUUCGCAGAUCUACAUCCCCUACGCGUGCAAGCUGCUCUUCCAGGAGCUCAUGACCAUGGCCAUAUAUCCGAAGCUCGUCCUGGAGGACAUGUAG